CCUCCUCCUGCUGCUGCUGCUUUGAGCUAACAUCCUCUCUCCUCCGCAUCCUGCGCUGUUGUCGGCCGGGCGGUGUAAAAAAAAAAAAAAAAAAAAAUGGAGGUUGUGAAGCCGAUGGAGGACUAGGGGCGACAUCUGAGAGGGGGCUGCAGGUAAGACCACGGAUGCAGGGCUAGGACGCAAUGGCUCUCAGCUGAAGACGAGACGGCAGAACAUCGACGGGCCGCCGCCUGGCACCAUGUCCGCCCCCGCCCCCGCCACUCGGAGGACUGGAUCAGGCUCGCGCCGGUUUGACUACUGCAGGUUGAUAGAAGUAGACUACGUCCCCAUGGAGACGGGCUACAUGGUCUCCAUGCGCCCCACUAAAGGCCACGCCUCCGCCGCUAAAGGAAGCGCGUCCACCAAGUCUCCAGACCGCCAUAGCCGUCUGACACACUCCCCCUCCUCCCCUCGCUCCCGCAGGCGGUCCCCGGCGGCCCCCAGUAACCGAGACCCCUUCGGCAACGCCUCCCUCAGCGGCAGCAGCAACUCGGGCUCUUGUAAAGGCAGCGACAGCAGCCCAACCAAAGGACGUCACCAGAAGUACACGUCAUGUACCGACAACCACGGUAUCCGGCCCCCUCCACCCGAGCAGUACCUGACACCCUUGCAGCAGAAGGAGGUGUGUAUUCGACACCUCAGGGCCAGGUUAAAAGAAACCAUCACCACACUGCAAGACAGGGACACAGAGAUCGAUGCGUUGAGAGAAAAGCUUUACAGGAUGCAGGAGGACUGGGUGGAGGAGGAGUGCCAUCGCGUGGAAGCUCAGUUGGCCCUGAAGGAAUCACGUCUGGAGAUACAGCAGCUCAAACACGCGGUGGACACAGUCCGCGCCAGGCUCAGCGACGCCGGGGGGAACAGCGGUGACGUAAGUGUCCAGAAGUACUUCCAAGACAUUAACACUCAAAACCACAAGCUUGAGAACCUGCUGCUUAACAUGGAAAUAGCUCAGGCCGGACUAGCCAAGGAGGGAGAAGCCAUAGCUGAACGCCGGAACAGAGUUGGGGGUUCUGCGCCAGCGUCUGUAUCUGGGGAAAGUCCAGGAGUAAUACCAAAACCAGCAAUAGGGGUUAGGGGUUCUUGCUCUUGUGAUGGUUCCCCAGCCCGCUCUGUGACACGGAGCUCCACCUAUACCAAACUGAGUGAUCAAGCAGGAGACCGCAAUGCUGCAGAUUUCCCAUGUCUUUCAGCAGACGGAACUCAGGACAGUGGCUUUGUGUGCUGUGGAGAUGGUAGUAAUAUCCCGAGUCAGGCUGACUUGCUACUCGAGGCCGCAUUUCUCUCAGAAGAAACUGCUUCCUUGCUCAACUCCUACGCUCAAAACUUCUCCUGCUCCAUACCAAACUCUUUGCCUCACACUUACUCCCAAACCUUACCUCAUUCCUUCCCUCACACCCACUCAGUGCCCCACAACAUUCCGCACUCGGCUACCUACGAGAAGCUAUGCUCGGGAGACCGUCUGUCGCCAUUACGCUGUGGCCUGGGCGGAGGUGUCUGUAUGAGCCAGCCCUGCCUUUCCCACCAUCACCUGUACCUGCAUCCUCUACGUGAGACAGGUAUUCAGACUGAGAGCUGUCCUAUCCCAGCGACAUCCGGGUGCCCGUCUGACCUGGAUACCAUCGCAGAACAGCGUACGUUCCGCUCUCAAGCUUGCAGCCCGACUUCAACCUGGUUGUCCGAUGAAGGCGAGGAAGAAUUGGACUCCAUCACCACCACUACUUCUGUAACCACAGCAACUGUCUUGAGCACAGCCACAGAGCCCAUUCCGUGCUCUAAAUUGCCUCGGGUUAAUUACAUGCCACGAUCUGCCACUGUGGCCUGUUCCAUGGAGAGUCCGGUCUGUGAGGACGACAGGACAGAAAGUCCAGAAGAAGAAUCUGCUGCAGUAGAGGUCCAGGGUCAGGCAAAAGUAGUCCAACCCAGAGUGGGACAGUUGGACACAGUGGCAGAGAAUUUGGUACAAAAUCAAUUAAAGGAGAGAAAGGAAGGUCUAUGGGCUGGAGAGGACAGACACCUUGACACACUCCAGUUGGAAACACCAGGACUGAGCCCAUGUAGUAGCCCAGAAUCACUACAAGUCUUUGAACAACCUCACACCUCCCAGCCCAAGAGAUCCAUUUCCCAAGAGGAAGGAGCUGAUGUUCUUGUCCCGAGGGAUGACCAAGAUGUAGAAAUUAAAGAGCAAGAAUGCGAAGAAGGCAAUGAAGCAUUGGCGGGGGAGGUGGAUUCUGAUUCUGCCCCAGGGCCGGUACAGAAAAGCUACUGGAGUCGUCACUUCCUGGUGGAUCUCCUAGCAGUGGCGAUCCCAGUGGUGCCUACGGUAGCAUGGUUUUGUCGCGGUCCCGUCCGAGUGGGACAGCCCAUGUACCACUUUGGGUCACUGCUGAGGGGCUGCUGCACAGUGGCCCUGCACUCGCUGCGCAGGGGUGGAGGUUUGAGGCAUUAUCCCGCGGGCGGUGGAGACCUAGCCGGAUCCAACAUGUGAAGCUUCAGUACGCUUGACCAUGAUGAGUCAUCAGGACUCCGGCGUCUUCAGUGAGGGGAGUGACAAAGGAGUAGAACGCCAGGAUUCCGUGACUGGGUUGCCACAACCACUGGUCCUGGGCUACGGAUUGAAUGUGCAGAUUAUUUUGAAACGCAGGGAAAACCGCUGAGGUUUGUUGUUGACUCACGCACGACUGAUUCGGAUUCGCACUUAAGACGGACGUGUACACAAACUCGUCUGUAGUCUCUUCAAGGAUGUCUCCUAGAUGAGAUACAUCAUCACCCCAAAUCCAUCCACAUGUAAAACUCAUAUUCCCUUUGUCCUUCUUAAGACCUAAGUCCAUAGUCAUUACCAAGAAGGUUUAAGGUCCUCCAUGCAUCUUCUUCCGCUUUUCUGAGGGGCAGCAUCCUAAGCAGAGAAGCCCGGACUUCCCUCUCUCUGGCUACUUGGUCUGGCUCCUCUCUGGGGUUCCAGAGGUGUUCCAAUGCCAAGUCCUGAGUCUUCGUGAAGGCCUCCUAACCGGUCGGACAUUCCCUAAAAAACCUUUACAGGGAGGCGUCUUGAGGAUCCACCUCUUCUGGCUCCUCUCAAUGUGGAAAAGCACCGGCUUUUCUCCCCAUCCUCACCUUAUUGCUUAAAACCGUGCAAGAACUCAAAAAGGCUUUAAUAAAACGGUAAACUUAACUUCUACCACUGAUGCUGACCUAAAAACACUCCUAAUGGUUGACUCUACCAAGUUACUGACCCUCUAGUACUUCAACGCCCACUCUUAUUUAAUUCCAACAGUUCAUUAUAGAUAACAACCGAGCUAGAAGAUACCUCCUUGACUGAGGUAAGCGCUCUCUGUGCUGUAUGGUCCUACUUGUUCAACUGUCACUCUGGACUAGAUGUAGACCCUCCGGACACUAAAAUGUAUCCUCCCAAGCUCCUUCUGCCAUGCAUUGCUAGAGAUCACACUCAACUACAGCGGACCCUCGGA